CUGUGGUAUAUAGCUUGCUCUUUCUCUUCUUUGUUCUUGAUCAUAUCACCAUCCUUCCCCAUCAUGGCAGCGAUCAAAGUCCAUGGAAACCCUCUCUCAACAGCUUCAAUGCGAGUUCUCGCUGCCGUCUAUGAGAAAGAGAUAGACCAUGAGUUUGUUUUUAUAGACAUCAGAGCUGGUGAACAUAAGAAAGAACACUUCCUGUCCCUUAAUCCAUUUGGUCAAGUUCCAACUCUUGAAGAUGGAGAUCUCAAGCUCUUUGAAUCAAGGGCAAUUAAUAAAUACAUUGCCUGUGAGUAUGCUGACAAGGGAACCCAGCUGAUAUACCAAGACUCUAAGAAGAUGGCAAUUACAUCUGUCUGGAUGGAAGUGGAGGCCCAACAGUACGACCCAGCAGCUUCAAAGGUAGGCUGGGAAUUGGCAAUAAAGCCACUACUUGGCAUGAGUACAGACACUGCAGUUGUGGAGGAAAAUGAAGCUAAGCUAGCUAAGGUUCUUGAUGUCUAUGAGAGUCGAUUGGCUCAGUCAAAAUACUUGGGAGGUGAUUGCUUCACCCUGGCGGAUUUGCACCAUUUGCCCACUUUGCAUUGCUUGUUUGGGACACAAGUUAAAAAACUCUUUGAUUCACGCACCCAUGUGAGUGCUUGGGUAGCAGACAUCACAGCAAGGCCAGCUUGGUUGAAGGUCCUUGCCUUGCAAAGCCAACAGUAAGGAAUGGACUACUAUCGACUACUCUCUGGUCAUUUGUCUCCAAUAAUAUGUGUGCUUUGACUUUAUGUAUUUUGAUUUUAACGUUUAUAGUCGGCCAUUUCCAAUGUGGAGGCUUGUAUAUAUGUUUCUAGAGUUUGGUUUCACAGGUUGUCGUUGUUGUGUCUUCAAUCUUCAAGUUGGAGGCAUCAAGUUUAUGCACUAUUUAAUAAUCCAUAGACAUGCUCCUCAGGUUCAUGUCCCACAUUACUCAAA